AUGAGCACGUACGAGAGCUACCUGGCCAACCGCUACUACUACACGCCGCUGCAGCGCUACUUCCCGUCCAGCAAGUACACGUACUGCAGCGCCAACGACUCGGUCUGCUCCACGUGCAUCCAGCAGUGGAACGCCAACUUCGAGAGCACGGGCAGCGCCGGCAUGUCCUCGUACUGCACGGGCACGGACGGCUGCGUGUGCAUCGCGGACUGCGAGGUGCCCGACUGGCAGGACACGGUCAUCAACGACCAGUGCUCGGCGAGCGGCAGUGGAGACGGAGCCGACUCCGGGUCGUCCAUGGCCACGCGCAUCACGAUCUCAAUAUUCGUAGGCGUUGCGGUGGCGGUGCUGCUAGCCUUCGCCACGUGGGGAGUGCGCCGAUUCGUCAGUCGCUGGCACAAUGAGCCUGGUGGUAAGUUAGUGGUGGUUGCAAUGUAG